AUGCUAAGUGCUCGUACUGUCUUAACAAAACCAUUAAAGAGAGGUCUAGCUACCUUGACAAAAGACUCUAAAGUUAACCAAAAUUUAGUUGAAAGUCAUUCUUUUAUUAAUUAUAAACAAAAUGUUGAAAACGUCGACAUUGUUAGAAAGAGACUAGGUAGACCAUUGACUUAUGCUGAAAAGAUCUUAUAUGGUCAUUUGGACGACCCACAUGGUCAAGCUAUUGAAAGAGGUGUUUCAUAUUUGAAGUUGAGACCAGACCGUGUUGCUUGUCAAGAUGCUACUGCUCAAAUGGCUAUUUUACAAUUUAUGUCUGCAGGUUUACCUGAAGUUGCAAGACCAACUACUAUUCAUUGUGAUCAUUUAAUCCAAGCUCAAGUUGGUGGUGAAAAGGAUUUAAAGAGAGCUGUCGAUUUAAAUAAGGAAGUUUACGAUUUCUUAAAGACUGCUACCUCCAAAUACAAUAUGGGGUUCUGGGGUCCAGGUUCUGGUAUUAUCCAUCAAAUUAUCUUAGAAAAUUAUGCCUUCCCAGGUGCCUUAUUAAUUGGUACUGAUUCGCACACUCCAAAUGCUGGUGGUUUAGGUCAAUUAGCUAUUGGUGUUGGUGGUGCAGAUGCUGUUGAUGUUAUGUCCGAUUUACCAUGGGAAUUGAAAGCACCAAAGAUUUUGGGUGUUAAAUUGACUGGUAAGAUGAGUGGAUGGACUUCUCCAAAGGAUAUUAUCUUGAAAUUAGCUGGUAUUACUACUGUUAAAGGUGGUACUGGUAAGAUUGUAGAAUAUUUUGGUGAAGGUGUUGACACUUUCUCUGCCACUGGUAUGGGUACCAUUUGUAAUAUGGGUGCUGAAAUUGGUGCUACUACCUCUGUUUUCCCAUUCAAUAAAUCAAUGGUCGAAUAUUUGAAUGCUACCGGUCGUUCACAAAUUGCUGACUUUGCCAAAUUAUAUCAAAAAGAUUUCUUAUCUGCUGAUGAAGGUGCAGAAUAUGAUGAAUUGAUUGAAUUAGACUUGAAUACCUUGGAACCUUACGUCAAUGGUCCAUUUACUCCAGAUUUGGCUACUCCAAUCUCUAAGUUAAAGGAUGUUGCAGUUCAAAACAACUGGCCAUUAGAUGUUAGAGUCAGUUUAAUUGGUUCUUGUACCAACUCUUCUUAUGAAGAUAUGUCUCGUGCUGCUUCUAUCGUUAAAGAUGCCGCUUCUCAUGGUUUGAAAGCUAAGACUAUCUACACAGUCACACCAGGUUCUGAACAAAUUAGAGCUACCAUUGACCGUGAUGGUCAAUUAGGUACUUUUAAAGAAUUUGGUGGUAUCGUUUUGGCUAACGCUUGUGGUCCAUGUAUUGGUCAAUGGGAUCGUAGAGAUAUUAAGAAAGGUGACAAGAACACCAUUGUCUCUUCUUUCAACAGAAACUUCACUUCAAGAAAUGAUGGUAACCCAGAAACUCACUCAUUUGUUGCCUCUCCAGAAAUCGUCACAGCUUUUGCCAUUGCUGGUGACUUAAGAUUUAACCCAUUAACUGAUAAGUUAAAGGACAAGGAUGGCAAUGAGUUCAUGCUAAAGGAACCAGUUGGUGAAGGUUUACCAACUAGAGGUUAUGAUAAGGGUGCUAGUACUUACCAAGCCCCACCAGAAGAUCGUUCCAAUGUUGAAGUUAAGGUCUCUCCAACUUCUGACCGUUUACAAUUAUUGAAACCAUUCAAAGCUUGGGAUGGUAAAGAUUCUUUAGACAUGCCAAUUUUAAUUAAAUCAUUGGGUAAGACUACAACUGAUCAUAUUUCAAUGGCUGGUCCAUGGUUAAAAUACAGAGGUCAUUUAGAAAAUAUCUCUAACAAUUAUAUGAUUGGUGCUAUUAAUGCUGAAAAUAAGAAGGCUAACAAUGUUAAGAACGUUUACACUGGUGAAUACAAGGGUGUUCCAGACACUGCCAGAGAUUACAGAGAUCAAGGUAUUAAAUGGGUUGUUAUUGGUGGUGAAAACUUCGGUGAAGGUUCUUCCCGUGAACAUGCCGCUUUAGAACCAAGAUUCUUAGGUGGGUUUGCCAUCAUCACUAAAUCAUUUGCCCGUAUUCAUGAAACUAACUUGAAGAAACAAGGUUUAUUGGCCUUGAACUUCAAGGACCCAGCUGAUUACGACAAGAUUAACCCGGAUGAUAAGAUCGAUAUUAUUGGUUUAUCUGAAUUUGCCCCAGGCAAGUGUGUCACAAUGAGAGUUACUCCAAAGAAUGGUGACUCUUGGACCACUGAGUUAACUCAUACAUUCAACGAAGAACAAAUUGAAUGGUUCAAAAACGGUUCUGCCUUGAACAAAAUUAGAAAAGACAAAUUGGCCAACUAA